AUGAGACCAACACUUUUAGGAUUUCGUAGCCCUAAAGAGCAGACUCCGGACCCUUACUAUACAACAGUCACAUAUGAAGGAAGAUCAUUGUCAUUCAGUCCUCCAAAAGGAGACAUCAAACGUACAAGCUUCUCUAAAGAAAAACGCUUUGGGGUUUACUCUCAAAAUGCAAAAAAGCUAGGCUAUCUGUUAGGGCCAGGCACCCACAGUCCUGAAAACCUGACAAUUGGAAAAGAAAAGAUCGCUGGAGGGCACCUUUAUAAAGGCUUCCAUGGUGGAAAAUCCAAUAAAAACGAAGGAUACUUCAUGGUAGGAAAUCAUCUAGUAUUUAGUGCGCACUAUAUGACGCCCAGCAAGCGGCACUCAGUCACCGACAUGGACUGCAAGCUGGAUAGUAGCUACUACACGAAUUCCAGAUCAAGAAGGCCGUUUUCCAGCAUGUCCUCAGAAAGAACGACCACAAGCGACCAACGCAACGUUUCCACAGCUUCUUCCGGCUACCGAAGGAAACUUAUUUCUUCCUUAAAAAAAGACUUGUUUGGGGUAAAGCCUCAGAAAACUAGGAAAAACCACUCAGAAUUGAUUGGCGACAAAAAAGAGAAAAAGCUUAAAAAAUACAACAGUAGCUCGACGAAAUAUAGGAAGCUUGUGAGGAAACUGCUAUCGUCAAGGUAUGAUAGAUCUUUUUGUUAA